AUGCAGCGAUGGCAAACUUAUCAUAAUUUGGAACUCAGCUCGAGGAGUAACAAUUCCUCCGGCUAUAACUCGAUUUCCUCGUCUAAUGCCAAGUCUUCCGAAGAUGAAUCAUGUAUAAAACAAUACCAGGACAAUAUUUUAUCCACUCAAACGAGGAAAAUUAACCUAAAAUCUCGAGUUUUAACGUUUAUCCGAAAGUCCAAGAUCAAACAGAUUGAAAUACCCAAUCGACCGGUCGAUAGGAAGCAACGUGAAUUACAAUUGCUUUCAGAGGUGUUCAGAUGCCAUUCCGUGUUACCUACAUUACAUUCGGUUCAGUUCGAUGACAAUGACAACAGCAUUUGCGACAAAAGGUCAGUUUUUUUGGUAAGGAUAAUAUAAAUUUAGAUAGGGAGUGGGUAAUUGGGAGAUAAUUGGUGUUUAUAGGAGGCAAGGGAAUUUGGAAUAAGGCUUAAUUUUUAAAUUUAAGGCCAUCCUUAUUUUCGAAUUUUGUUUUAAAAAGAGGAAAAUUUUUUUAUUUUAGGUAACAAGUUUUAUAAUGUUAUAGUGGAUAAAAAUUAUGAAAUUAGAUGCAAAAUUGUAAAACUAAACUUGGUAUGGUGUUAUCAACGGCAGGAAUUUAUUUUUCAUGACGAAAAAACGGCAUUACUACUUAUAUUUAUUACUAAUUUGAAUUACUUUUUACUAUAAUAUUGCUUUUUUAGUAGAUCAACCUCAAAACCAUUGUCAAAGCAGAUCAUAUCGGUAUCCCGACGUUCUUCAGAUUCAGAUCAAUUUAUUGAGGAUUCUGUGUACUAUGAAGAUGACAUUCCUUUCACAACUUCUAACGAACAUGGCUAUGAUCAAGAUCUAAAUCAAUAUCACCCGGCUUUCAGAGGAAGUGUUCCGGCGAUGAAAAGCUUGUUGGCAGUGAAUAACAGGAUUAGAUGCAAAAGUGCUCCCAAAGAAGGUAGGUGUUGAUUUUUUUGUGUAAAAUACGGAAAGACUGUUUUAUAGGUAUAGUCAUGUUAUAUUAGUUUUCAAACGAGAGUAUGUUUAAUUGUAUUUUAAUGUGUAAUCUUUGAAAAACAAGUGAUUAUCGUUGUAAUUAUUAAAGAGGAGAGAUAGGAAAGUGUUUACAUGGUUAUAUUGUAGUAUACUAAGCGAACUAUUUUUUUAAGCGGUUGCGAUGAGGAAGUUACCAAUUAUAUUUUGGUUUUCUGUUAUUUGUAAUUGACUGUAAAUGGUAGUUUGCUCGUUGAAGGCGGGAGUAUUGAACAUGGUCAAUCCUAGUAAUAGGCCUAUUGCUUUUGGGAAAAAAUUGGUAAAAAGGUUUACACAUACUGCCUACACAUACUGCUCACAUACUGCUCAAAAGGGAAGUUUCUAUACUGGGGCACGGGGUUACCUCCAAGGAUGAUUUUUUGCACAGUCAAAGUUUAGACUAUUUUAUGCAAAUUUUCAAAAAUUCAAAUUUUUAACUUGCAUUUUACUGCAAUGAAUUUAAUUUAUUUUCCAUAUACUUCAUUUUUGAGUUGUGCUAUGAAGACUUAAAAAAUUUCUGUAGCUUGUAAAUUGCGAGUUACAAAUAUGUAAUUUUCAAAAUUGGCACAAAAUAGUCUCAUCUUUGAGUGUGCAAAAACCCAUCUCUGUAGGUAUCUUCAUCUCCAAGAACGGAGACCUUUUGUCUUUCGGGCAGUAUGUCUGUAGCCAGAAAUCUUUAAACAGUUUUUAGAAAUUAGCCAUUUGGGGAGGGGAGUGGGUAGUUUUCUAGCGGUGUAUGUCUUUUGAGCAGUGUCUUAAACAUGUUUUAUAAAAACAGUAUAAAAAAGCGUAUUUUACAUAAACUUUGAUAUGAACUUUUUUUUGAAAAAAUACUUUAUUAUAACAAAUUGAACUUUAAUCAAUGUAAAAAAGAAAUGGGAUUACAUUCACUUUUUUAUUGGUUUUUAUGUCAUUUUGCCUUCUUAUUUUAUGGGUUCAUAUUUGAAAUUAAUUGGCAGCAGUCUUUAAUUAACUUCAAGUAGCUGCAAUUGAUGUUAAUAUUGAAUUUGAGCUGUGUUCUCUUGCUUAUGAUUCAAAGAUGACUAGUAUACGUAACUCUGCAAAUGUUUUUUGAAAUGAUUUUUGAAUUUAGUUUGAGAAAAUUGAAAUUUCAGGGUAUUUUUGGAAAGUAUAACAAUAUAAUUCUGUCUUUUCUAUUUAUUUUUGCUAUCUUAAAGGUCAAUAGAUUGAAAAAUCGUAUUACAAAUGUUUGUAUAUUGACGAUAUUAUCUUUUCUACACAUUUAAGGUUAUAUGUUAUGGCUUUCACAUAAACAUAACAGUUAUAAACCACGUUUGGCCUGUUUGUCUAUGAUAUUAUACAUGGUGUGGUGGACGUUCGGAGCGAGUGCUCUUAUAGUAUCCUCAAAAACAGCUUUUGCGCUUCCAAGAAGUUUGUGACGUUUAAUAUUAUAUUAGAGUAGACGAUGGUUUUGAGGAAGUUAUUAUAGGACGUAGAUGUGUUUUGUAUCUGUUAAGGAUACUGUUGGUUUUUAUGCUUACUUUAGAUUAGUAGACAUCUUUGUAUAUUGUAGUUGGUAUGGGUAGACUUUUUGAAAGAAAAAGAAGGGUUUUUAGGUAUAUUGAAUUAGGUAUGGAUGAAUGAAACCAUGAUAUUUAUUUAUGUUGUAUUAGGUAUGAAUGAUAGAAUUAACAAAUAUGGACUUUUUUUAAAGUUGUGUUGUAGUAGAUGAGGAUGAAAAUACAUUUAUAACUUUUGUUGUUGCUAAAAGCUGUCAAAUUGAGGUGUUUUUAUAUAUUAUUCAUGUAAAACAUGUCAAAAACUGUCUGUUUAUGGUCUUUACGUCUUUUUUGCUAUGUUUAGGUAAUAAAAUACGCAAAUAUUUACUACAAAAUCUAUUUAAAAUCUAAUUAACUCUUUUUUGUCAUGUUUAAUAUAUGCAUAUUUUAAUGUUGUUAUAAAUAGUGUAACUUUUAUCAUGAAUAAUAUAAUUUUUUUUUCAGUUUAUGACGUCGACUCCACCCAAUCCUACGCCGAUGAUCUUCUCGACCUAACCACACAAACAGCGUUGUCGGCUUCGCGAUUGGAUUCAACGCAAGAUAGUGUUGAUACGGCGAUCUUGUGGUUGGAGGAGAACUCGUUGCACUCUACUCAAGACACUCUCGACUCGACACGAUGGAGAAUCAACUCCAGAAUCUGUAGCGAACGAUCAAAGACUGAAGGAUUCAAAGAAUCGCGGCUAAAACGAAUUUCUGAAGCUACUUAUCGUGGCACCGAGUCUAGUCCAGAGAGGUCGCUACUGUCGCUGGACAAAACUCAAUCUACUCACGGCACAAUACGAAUUGGAGAUUAUAACAACGGCACAUUACUGACUGUGGAUUCAACUCAACGCACUUUAGUAGAGCUUACACAGAACGGUACGAAGAGGGAGUACUCGGCGUCGGCGGACAGAUCAGCUUCAUUGGAUUCAGAAUAUUCGGCGGAGGAGGAAUGGUCGCCGCAAUUGUACUAUUCGGUUGAUUCGGAACGAUUGUCAGAGUAGGUAUCUAACUCAAAAAAAUUGCUUUGAUAGGGGCACAGAAUUAAUUGAACAACCUAAUAAUAUUGAGUUAGCCCAAAUCUGUAACAACUCUUAUUGUACUUAAUACAGGCCUUGAGUUGUUGAGAUAAAUGUGCGAUUUUAAAGGUUAAAAUAGGCAUUAGUUUGUAAAGGAGUAAUCAUAGAAAAUAUAAAUUUUGGAAAUUUGAAUGACGUAGAAGCAAUUUUCCUAAAUAGUGAAUAAUUAUACGAUCGAAUGGAAUGUGAUAUCAUUAUGAAAAGGUUGAAUUUGCAAUAACUAAUCAGGAAUCAUGACACUUUAUAUGGACGUAAUUCAAUUAUUUAUGACUGGAGGACGUUCAAGUUUGAUUGGCUUUCCAAAUUUUUUCUUUUGUAAAAUACGGUUAUUUCAUUUUUUAAGGCAAAAAGUCAUUUUAAAGCUUUUUUAAUCAUAAGAAAUAGAAAAAGUAUAGAUCAGACAGGUAUUAAAUAAUAAGGUAAUUAAUUCUUGUAAUAAAUGUCAAAAGAAAGGUCAUAAAAACUGAUUUUACAUUCAAAACUAUAAAAUCUGUAAUUUCUUAUGUUAUGCAAGGCCAAGUUUGAUUAAAAUCUUUACAAGGUUAGCUCUGUUGUUUAAAUUUUUAAACUUGUGAAGCCUUAAUUGCGUUUUUUGUAGGUAUACGAGACCAAAGAAGCUCUCUCACAAAGAAUCGGCCAAGAAGAAGAACAAAAAAGUGUUGGCCAAGAAAAGACUUCAGAAGCGACGAACGGAGUCGACCGAUGACAUGUGCUUGAAUGUCAUCGAUGAAGACGAACAGAAACGCAGAAUUUUCAAAUCGAAAGGAGGAUUCUUCACUAAUCUGGCCAAUAACAUUAGGUAAAGAGGGGAUAUUGUGUAGGGGUGAGAAACGGGUCGUUUAUGUCUGGCCUAGUUUGACUGUACGGUGAGGCCGGCCUUGAGCUUAAGUUGAAACGGGCUUGGCUUAAAGUUGGGCUAGGUUUGAAAGUUUGGGAUAAUUCAAAUUGAAAGCUUUCUCAGCAACUUUGAUAUCACUGAACUUUCGUUAUUAGGAAGAGACUAGGAAGGUACCAAAAACUGAGGAAGCUCUACCGCAAGAAAUAUGAGUGUACACGUGAGGAGUAAUAGUAAGGAUUAGGUGAAUAUUGCCAGCGCAAUCCAUUGUAGCUGUUCCCAAUUGGGCUUUAUCCAGGUGGUCCCGUUUCUCGAGCUACCGAGUUCUGAUGAGUUGCUCAUCAAGACUUCUGGCCGUAGUCGGAAGCUUGUGUUGGACAAGCAACCGAGUUUUCAUAGUCCUCGUGCACUUAGCACUUCUCAUUUAUUUGUAACUUACAAAUGCAUUUGAAGAAAAUAUAGGUAUUAUAAUAUAAAAGUAUAUUUUGACGUUACUUCUAAAUUUACUAUCAUAAUGUUAUGAUAGCGCACUAUAAUAUAAGCAUGGUUAAUCUAGGAAGCCAUGACUAAAAAUACAGUGUAAUUUCUGUAUAAAAAAUUGCUCGAGGGCUGUACAAAUAAGAGAUGAGUCAGAAAUUAUUUUAAUUUAAAUUUAAUUACUGGUUUAAACCCCUGAGGGCAUGUUAUUUCCACAAGGCGUAGUAAUCGGAAUGAAGAAACCGAAUUACCAUAUUAUUCCUUGUGUCAGGAUGGUGGUAUUGUGACGAGUGCGAUGGGCUUCUCUGAUUAUAAUAAUAACAACCAAAGAAACGGAUUAUUUUAUACUUUAUGGUGUCUGUGUUGGCCUCGUUCUUCUUGUCAUGUUUAGUUGUUGUACAAGGCGACCGAGGUAGGAUGGGUAGUGUAAUGUGAAAUAGUGUUAGGAUGGGGUAGUAUGUAUGUAAUAAUAGUAGGACGGGGUAGUAGAAUGUAUAACAAUAUUUGAAUUUAAAAGCUUAAAGUUUAAAAUGGCUUCUUCAGUAAAAUACGACAGGAAAAUUGAAUGAUAAAACGUAGUUAUCAAAGCUUUUGAAAUAAAAGACGUCUUGUACAGGGAAGAAAAUAUAUAAGGAGAGCAUAGUAAUAGGCCUUGUAUGAAAAAUGUUUUUUCUUCUUUCUUGGGGGGGGAGGGUUGUCUACGGUAAAAUUUUAUUAUUAAACCGACGGUAAGAACCUGACUUUAAAGUUAUGUUAAGCAAGGUAGUGUAGAGUAGGGUAGGGUAAAGUAUGGUAGGGUAGGAACAUGUUUAGUAUCGUACAAAUUACUUUAUUAUUUUUCAGAAAUCACUCACGAGAUCCACUAAAUCGAAUCCGGCGACGAAAGAAGAGUCUUCAGCUACCACCAAAGCCAGCGACAGUUCAAAACAAACGAAAAUUGUUUUCAAAAACUGUAAGUUUGGGUACAAUACAGAAGAAAUUUGUAUAUUAACCAUGUGUUUUGCUAUAAAUUGACAGCAAAAAAGUAAAAUGUAUUUUCAUUUGUAUUGUCUUAUUACUGUACCAGGGACGUCGUUUGGGGGUGGAUCGGGGUGACUCCCCCCCCAGAGAAAAACCGUAGCGACGUCCCUGUACUGUACAUAUAGUAGAGCAAAAUACGGCGUGUUGCGGAAGCCUAUAUUUAUUAUGCUGGUUUUGUAUGAUGAAGUAACGAUAGCAUAUUAAAGUGGAUUAAUUUUAGAAAAGUCUUAACGAAGAUGAAAACACGCCGUCAACAGCGACAACAGUCAAAGCCAGUGCUCUCAGUUGCAUCAAAAAUGUCAUCAACAAUAUGGUAAGGAUUUGUUGAUUUUUUCAAAAUUUUUUAAGUUGGUCAAAAAGUUUGUAGAAAGGUCAGUAGGAUCUUAAAUUUCUUAUCAAUUCAAGGUUGUUCUUUUAAGGCUUUUUUACGUUGCCUAGGGUAAGAUUCUAAUGGCAGUGUAGUAACUUUAGUAGACGCCUUGUUAAAAGUGCAAAAACUCUAAAAAUAUUUAUUAUUUUUAUAAAAAUUAGCAUAAAAUAUUGAUAUGGUUGAAAGCGCACUUUCAAUAACCUUGUUUACAAAAUUUUGAAAAUUUUUUCAUUUUUUGCAAAUUUCAAAACGAGAAAUAUGAAAAAAUGAAAAUCUACAAAUCCGGUUGUCCGCAAAAAUCCGAAGUUAAAUUAUGGGGAAAAAGAACGCUGGGAAAAUUUGGGAGAAAAUUUCCAAAAGAAAACGGAAAAAGUCAACGGACAGCGACAAGAAGUCAAAGGAUAGUCAGAAGAGCGACAGUAACAGAGACAAAAAGUCAAAGGUAAUUAAUUUUUCAGGGUUUUUUUAUUUGAAAAUUGAGAUUUUUUAAAUUUUGAGAUUUUUGUUUUUUAAAAGUUUUUCACGUUAGAAUCUUGGUUAACGAACGAUAGGGGCGGGAAAGGACCAUGUAGGUCUGGCCCUGUACGAUCGUAGGGGCAGGGCCUUGCGCUAAAUUUUGAACGGGUUUAAAAGUUUGGCCUUGCUUGCACGCUGGGCUUGAAAAGUAGUCCCGGGACCCAAAAUUUAAAUCAAGACUUCAAAAAUGUUGUUAUAGGUCUUUAAACAUUAUAUUAUAUGUCUUAACGUAUGUAUGUUAAUGAGAACCAUAUGUCAACAUGCAUGAACAUACGCCAAUAUUUUUGCUUUUUUCUUGGUUUUUAAAACUUUAAAUUUCAAAAGUCGUUUAUACGAUUAUUAAAGUUACUUUUGUUAGAAGCAGCAGUAGCGUCAUAAUCUAUUUACUAUAGUUCGAUAUUGCUUAUAUUGGCUAUAAUGAGAGGCUCUUGUAAAGCAGUAUACUAAUAUAUAAAGGUAUUAUAAGGCAUAAAUACUACAAAGAGGUGUUAUAUUGCUAUAGCUUAUCAAAACUAGAUCAACUAUUCAAAUUGAUGAGACAUAGAAAAGAUAUUGCAGUAUGAUUGACUCACAAUAGGAAGAACGUUUAUGUAAUAGUAGGUUGGAGCUAGAUUAUAUUAUUGUCGCUCGCCGUGUGAUCAAAUGCAAAUAUUUUUAUUUGUUUUGAGAGCGUGGAAGUGAUAUUGUUAUAGCUAUUGAGGGAGUUUGAACUCUAUUUUCGAAAGAGUUUUCCAGAUAUUUUUGUAUUUGAGAUAGAAAAAGAUUUAAAAUACGAUUUGUCAGCUAAUUUUUGAAUAUUUUACUCUACUUUUACUGUACAAAAGGCAAAAUAUUGCUUUAAAAGUUUUAGAAAUCAGGGUCAAAGAUACUACAAAGUAAAUUAAAGUGUAAAAUACGGUUUGUAUUUGUUGAUGGUUAUCAAUAUCAAUAAUAUUGUUGAUGGUUGAUGCUCCAAAAUAUAUUCCAAGUAUUAUUAGUACUAUAAAUUCACCAUAUUCGUAGUACUAACUCUUUUAAAUGCGACGAAUAUUGCGCAAAACUCCCGGAGAACAAGCACCUCUGCUAAGGGAAGACGGUAGCUUUAUCUUCACGGAGAAUCAUAAAGUUGAAGUUCAGGUAAAUAAUGGUACAAGUUGUACAAAAAAUGAAAAAAAAAGUUUAAAAAUGAUUUUCAAACUUAUUUUCAACUUUUCUACAAACUUUUUGACCCGUAAAAUGAAAUAUGUCAAUUUUUAAAAAUUUGGUGCAAAAAUGAUGAAUUUAGGCUUUUCUAUGAACUUUUUGACCGAUGAAAUGAAAUAUUACGUUUUUCUAUGAACUUUUGGACCGGGAUCUUAGGAUUUUAUAAAGUUUUUUCCUGAAGGCAUUUUUUUCAUAAAUUUGCGAAUUUUUGAAUUUGGAGAAUUAAAAGUUGAUUCUCUAAACUUUUGGACCGGCAAAGUCUUUUUUUUACACAUGCUUUUUUAAAAGUUUAAAAACUCUAUAUCAAUUGUAAAAUUGAAAUUUCAGGAAGAAGACGUGGACGGAGAUUACGUGACAUUUCGCCUAAGGGUCAGGAUUAAGGAAGGUCACGGUCUGGUGAUUCGCGACGCCUCAGGCUCUUCGGAUCCGUACGUACGGGUAAAAUACAAUGGGAGAAACAUCUACAAGACCAACACCAUCUUCAAGAACCUGAAUCCGCAAUGGGACGAGGAGUUUGCUUUCCUAAUCGACGAUCCAACUCGACCAUUGGAGUUUGAGGUAUACGACUAUGAUCGGUUCAUGUCCGACGACUUCAUGGGUGGGUCGAAGGUGGAGUUGGCAUUGUUACGGCUUUUUCAGUAAGUUUGGAAGAAAAUAUCUUUCUUCGGGCUGGGAGGGGGGGGGGAUAUUUUUUAAGAAGGAGGGGUGUUUUUUUAUGUGGGGGAUGUUUUUAAAAUUUUAAACGACUUUUUGGUUUUUAGAAGUUACUGUUUCAGUUUUAUAUGUUUAGGUAAUAAAAAUUGAUGAAUUAAGUAAAAAAGAAGCCUAAAAGAAUAAAAAUUGUUAUCUUAUAGUUCAAGGCGUCAUUUUUAAAGCAGAUUAAAACUGAAAUUUUUAGAGAUUCAGAUCACAAGCUGAUGUUAAAAUCAAAUGACGCGAAUGAAGAAUACAUGGGUUAUGUGACGGUAUCGGUCAAUCUAACACCACUGACUCAAAAACAACGUGAAGUUGUAAGUUAUCUGGGCAGGAACAGGUGUUAUUCAUUCUCUGGGAGUUUGUCACCUCAUGGAAUUAGGUUACAAUAGGUCACUCUGCUGAAUAGUAUUAUUUUAUGGUGUUUGCAUUAGAAACGAGGAUUUUUGAAUUUUGCAUUAAACAAGAUUUUAAAAUAUUUUUUAACUCAAAAAAUUUUAGUUCCUACAACGAGCAACUCGUGGCGUGAUAAACGAAAAUGUGAAGCGAAAUCAGAAGACGGCUUCAAUGUGGAUAUCGGCCGUAAACCUCAUUCUCAUCGAAGCCAAACUCAACAAAGCCGUCCUCUAUGCCCAAGCCAAUGGCCAGACCAAAGAGGAGGAUAAACCUAAAACAGGAAGCAUACUGCCAGAUAUCCAUGCCAAAAUAAAGUUGGGGUCAGAGAAGGUCAAGAGCAAGGUGGCGACAAAGACAUUGGAACCAAAAUGGAUGGAAUCUUUUGAUUUACAUGUUUUUGAUGCCAACAAUCAAGUGCUGGACUUGAUGUUGAGGGACAGUGCGAAAGUGCUGGGGAAGUAAGUGGUUUUGUUGUUUUAGGUAACACAGUUGGAGAAAGUUAACAGUACUUUUUGAAAAGAAGAAAAAAGGUGGUAAUUUUAAAAGUAUUAGGUUGUUCAAAUAAUUCUGUGCUCCGGGGAAGUAGGGGAUAACACGAAAUACAUCAAGUUUUUGGCGAAUAUUAUUUGACAUGGGCCCGCCUCAGAGCAAGUUUUUGGGCUUAGUGGGCACAUGAUUAUUUGAACGAUCUAAUAUUUGGAAUUUUAAAAAAAAAUUUUUGUAAAUUUCAGCUUAAAAAAUUUAAUUUUAAGCUUUAUGCCUUCAACAUCUGCGCUAGGUUUAAAAUUUAAAAUGCCGACCAGAAAUAACCGUGUUUCAGAGUAUCAGUCGAUCUCAAAAGUUACCCACAAAAUUUAUCGACCGAAAGAUGGUUCGAUUUGGAGAAUGGAGCUGGCGAAGUACUGUUAGUCAUCACCAUCUCCAAAAACUCGUGUUAUCAAGCAGAGAGCUUGAAGGAGAACAUGCAAAGCGAGAGGAAUGCCAUUUUGAAUCGAUAUGUAAGUCCUCAGAUAUGAUUUUAAAAAAUUACAAUAAAAUUUUUAAAUAUUUUAUUUGAACGUGAAGGUUAAUUUGAUUUUUUAGUCAUUAUCUAACACAUUCAAAGACAUCAACGAUGUUGGGCAUCUGGUUGUUAAAGGUAGGUAAAAUACGAAAGUUAUUCUAUGUUUUUGUUAUUUUUCUAAAAUACGAAAAUUACUUUAGCAAUGUAUGCUAUAUAAUAGUAUGAAGGUAUAUGAACUAAAUUAUAUGUUUCAUCUUUAGUAUACAAAGCAGAAGGCCUAGCCAGUGCUGAUAUCGGAGGCAAAUCAGAUCCGUUCUGUGUGUUAGAGUUGGUUAAUGCUCGUCUUCAAACGCAUACUGAGUUCAAAACACUUCAUCCUAACUGGCAGAAGUUGUUCACGUUGUAAGCGAUUUAAGGUUUUUAUGCUAUUCUCAAUUGAAAAUACUUAUUUGACUUUAUGAAAAAUUUAUAAAGAACGUUAUUAUGACAUGAAUAACAUUUUUUAAUAUUUUACAUUUGGUUCGAAAGCUAAUUUUGAUUUAAAAAUUUAUUUUUUAGGAAAAUUUGAAUGGAUAACGUAUUUAAAUGUAAGCUUAAGUGAUAUUGUGUUAGAUAUGAAGCUACUUGUAUUUUAUAAUAAUUUUUAAUGUUAUUACAGCUCAGUAAAAGACAUCCAUGAAGUCCUGGAAGUCACGGUGUUUGAUGAAGAUCCAAAUAACAAAGUUGAGUUCUUGGGGAAGGUUGCGAUACCCUUGUUGAAGGUAAAUCCACUUUAGUUUUGUAAAAAUAUUAGAUCUAUAACUUUUAUUUUAGUUUAGGCUUGUAGUGACAAUUAAAACAUUUUUAUAUUAACGAUAGACUUAAAGCUACAAUGAGAACUUAUAAAUUUAUAGUUUUUUUGUCUAACCUUAUAACAGCCUCAUACCUAUAUAUUUUCUAGAUUAGAAACUGUGAAAGUCGCUGGUACUGCUUGAAAGAUCGCAAACUGCAACGCCAAGUCAAAGGCCGUAUUCUCCUCGAAAUGGAUGUCAUCUGGAACCCCAUCAAAGCAGCGAUAAGAACCUUCAAUCCACGAGAACGAAAGUUUGUCUCCCAGAAUCCAAAGUUUAAACGAGCGACGUUAGUUCACAAUGUGAAUCGGCUGAAAGACUUUGGUCGAAGUGUUGUUGAGUAUAGUGACUACGUUCACAGUUGUCUGGAAUGGCAGUCGUAUCAACGGAGUUUGACUGCAAUGACGGUAAGGGUAAAAUACAGCAAGCCUUGAAAAAAUUUUUUUGAAAGAGUAAUAAUAUUUUACUCUUUAUAUAUAUACAUUAUCCACCUUUUCAGAUAUUCAUGUUGUUUGUCUACUUUGUGGAGAUAUACCACUUCCCUCUCAUCCUCCUGGCCAUCUUUGCUCGAUGUCAUUUGUACAAAAAGGUCAGCGAAUCAAUUGAGAACCGCUUCUUCCGCCAACGAUCAACCGACACUGUCGACAACGUUCCAGAAAUCAACGAUGAGGAUUCGGAUGACAAUCUGGAUGGACCAUCGGUAAGGAUAAUGUUAUUUUUCUUGUUUUAGUGACAGUGUAAAAUAUUGUUGAUGUAUUUGUGGCACUGUGAUGGUAUGUAAAGGUAGUUUUGGCACUAUGAUAAGUUUUAUUGUGUAUGUACCCGUUUUGAUCUUGAAAUUGUUGUGAUAGUUUUGUCGUAUUUUAGUCCCGAACUCGAGUAAACUCGAAGGAAAAGGACAAACCGAAGGAGCCAGUAAGUUGUGUUGCUUUAUUGUUUUGACUUGUCAUUUUUUUAUCGUAUUUUAGUUUUUUUUUUAUAAAUUUCAGUUUGAAGUGGAAUUUUAAGUAGAUUUUUGUUUAUUUAAACGUAUAUAUUUUGUUUUAUCUUUGCUUCAAUGGUAUGAAAACGUAGGAAAUCAAUUAUUAUACUCAGUUUUUGAUUUUAUAGAAAGUAAUAAAAUAAACAUUAAGAACUGUAAAAUAUAAUUUCAGGGUGAAAGGAGUCAAACUCUUCGAAGUCGUAUUACUCAAGUAACCGACACACUGGCCGUGGUGCAGAAUUCUAUGGACUUUGUCGCUUCGUUAUUGGAACGGAUUCGAAAGUUCGUUUUUUAUUUACAGGGUGUCCAAACUUUUUUGAAGGAAAGUAAAAGCUCCGUUCUCAGAAAGUACUGGUCCGAUUUGAACGAUUUUUUUUGCACUAGACUAGAAAUUGCGGGCGGAUUUAAAACGGACCAAUACUUUUUGAGAACGGAGCUUUUACUUUCCUUCAAAAAAAGUUUGGACACCCUGUAUAUAAUAUUAGGUUGUUCACAUAAUUCUGUGCCCUCUAUGAAAUCAAAUUUAUGGGUUUAAGGGGCACAGAAUUAUUGGAACCGUUUAAUAUUUUGAAUAACCAUUUCAAAUGUAAAUAUAGGUUUUAAAAGAGUCCGUUUGUGACUGUGGUUACGAUGAAUCAUUUUCAGCACAUUCAACUUCACCGUGCCGUACCUGUCUUACCUGGCGAUAUUCGUUCUUAUGGCAGCGACAGUACUAUUGUAUUUCGUACCGUUACGAUGGGUCAUUAUGGUCUGGGGUGAGGUUUGCAAUGAUUUUUUUUGGAAAAGCUAUGAUUGAUCAACAGUUUGAUCUAUUAUAAUAUUGUUUCGAUCUAAACCUUAUAAUUAUAAUAACAAUCCUGAAAGAAGAUAGAUGUUAAUAUAUUACUAUGAUAAUAUAAAAUGAAAUAAAAGUUAUUUUAGGUAUCAACAAGUUCACAAAGAAACUCAGAAAACCUCAUUUUGUGGAUAACAACGAACUUCUGGACUUUUUGUCGCGAGUACCUUGUGAUGCUGAACUGGUAGGUUAAAGUCAAUGUUGGCAUAACCUAGUAUGUUUUUGGUACUACUAAAAAAUAAACUUUUUGUUACCGUAUGUAUAAUGACACACCAUUUUAGCGAGCAGCCCGAGAACCUAAAGCUAAUUGCGAAGAACCAGCUCAUCUACCGGUCGUUACCCAAAAUGGCAAUGUAAAUCGAGAAGAAGCCGCCGAGAAGCCAGUUGAUUGA